AUGCAUAUGGGUAGAAGCGGACAUGAAGAGAGCCUGGAGAUUGGGAAGUUUCCCAUCAUCUUCGUGGCUCAUUCCAUGGGUGGACUGGUAGUCAAAAAGGCCUAUCUACUGGGACAAAACGAUCAAGCAUACCGUGAGAUGUUCGGGUCGAUUUCAGGAAUGGUUUUCCUCGCCACUCCUCAUCGCGGCUCGAAUCUCGCCAGCACACUGAGCUUGAUUCUCGAACUCUUGUUGCAGUCGAAGAAAAGGUUUAUUGCCGCCCUACAGGAACACUCUGCGGCAAUCGAGGAAUUGAACGAGCAAUUUCGUCACGUCGCCCGAAGACUCGAUAUCAUCUCGUUUUAUGAGGAGUGUCAAACUCGAAUUGUCGCCAAAAGUUGUAUGAUCGUGGAGAAAGACUCGUCGAUCUUGGGCUACAGUGAGGAAAAGCUUCGUGGACUCAAUGCCGACCAUCAAGGAGUGUGCAAGUUCGACAGCGAAGUGGAUCCGAACUACAAGAUUGUUCGAGACAGCCUCAAAAGUCUUGUUGAGAAGUUUGGCCACAAUGGGCGCGCGCCGUCACAUUCGGGACACCCAUCCACCACGAGCGAAGAACUAAAGAAGCUCCUUGGAAUCCCCGAUCCUCCCUACGAGGACCUCAGCACGCUUCUAAAGCGACGGGCACCCAAAAGUUGUAAAUGGUUGCUGAAGGAACCCACGGCUCGGGAAUGGCUAACAGACCAGUCUGAAUCUUGUGUUCUAUGGUAUAACGCACCACCGGCUGCUGGGAAAUCCGUCUUGUCAAGCUUUCUGGUUGACUACCUGCAGUCGGAGGGCUACGAAUAUCAGUAUCACUUCUUCAAUGCCGAUGACCAAGGCAAACGAUCGGUCAGCAACAUGUUGAAAUCACUGGCGUGUCAGGUUUCUUCCGUGCUGCACGAGUACCGUAUCCAGCUCCAGAGCGUGUUGUCGGAAGGCCUUCCAUUGGAAAAGAGCGAUCAUCGUUUGAUCUGGCAGAAGUUAUUCGAGUCUACGUUGUUCGGUAUCUCUUCCAAACGACCUCUUUUCUGGGUGAUCGAUGCAGUAGAUGAGUCAGAGUCGCCAAAGACCGUGGUGGGACUCCUUCAAGAAGUGCUGCAAAAGUCACAAACUAAGAUCAAAAUCUUCCUUACCAGCCGUCGCACAGACGCUCUUGCUCUGUGCUUCGACAAGCUCCAGCGAGUAGGUAAGGUGUACACAAUCGAUGGAGAGAUCCAACAAUAUAACCAACAGGAUAUUCAGCUUCUGCUGGCGUCCGAAAUGGAGUAUCUGCCUGGGAGUGAGGAACUCAAGCAACAACUCGGUCCUAAUAUUCUGCAGCGUGCAAAGGGCAACUUCUUGUGGGUGAGCCUCGUGCUGGAAGAGCUUCACACCUGCCAGACGGAGAAGGACAUCCAGGACACACUCCAAAAGCUGCCCGAUGACAUGACCAAGAUGUAUCAGAGGAUGGAAGAUGCCAUCACACAGACAUCGAACAAACAGAAUGUCGAGCUGGCCAGACUGCUACUUCAGUGGGUGAUUUGCACACCACGCCCACUGACGUUGGGAGAGCUCGAAGAUGCGCUUCGCGGCGACCAUACCGACAUCUUGAAUCUGAGAAGUACGAUCCGAAGUCUCUGCGGACAAUUCGUCCUCAUAGAUCAAACGGACCAUGUCACCAUGAUCCAUCAAACAGCACGCGAAUAUCUCACAACGGUCUCACAGAGCGCAAUUGCUAUCGACCACCAACAUGCCCACAACACUCUUCUGGUCAAGACCCUCUCCAGCCUCUCUGCUUCAUCGCCGAGCUCGAACUUGAGUCUGCUAAAGCUGGAUGACCUGCAGAAAAAGAAGCCGUUCAUUUUGUAUGCUGCCACAUCUUGGAUUUACCACUUACGCCAUGUUGACCGACUAUCUGAUCAAGUGAUUGACAAAUUGGUUGAUUUUUUCAGUCAAUCAUUUGUGCUGGAUUGGAUUCAUCUCCUUGCCCGUCGGAAGCAGUUGACGAUCCUUGUCAAGGGAGCCAGAGAACUGAUCACCUUUGUCGACGGCAAUCGGAAAUUGAAUGUUGCCCGAAAUCCCAUGCUGCACCGACUUUCAGCACUGGAGCUUCUGGAGGGUUGGACCGUGGAUUUGGUGAGGAUCACAGGAAAAUUCAGCAGACAACUCUUGUUGGAGCCCCGUGCAAUCUACGAAAUCAUCCCAGCACUAUGUCCUACCACGUCCGUCAUACACCAACGGUUCAACCGUGGCCAGACUACCAAACUCCGAGUGUCUGGGGCAAACGAGUCAUGGACUGAUGCGUUCGCGCGCCUGUCGCUUCCUCACGACGAACCAGCCGUCAAGAUCGCAUGCGCGGGCCAGCGUGUAGCCGUGCUCAGUCAAAGCGGAACCAUAUAUAUGUGGAGUUCUGUCGAUUUCCAAGAGGUCUGCACACUGCGACACCAGGAGCCCGUGACCGAUAUAUGCUUCAACAGCAGGAGUGAUUUGCUGGUGUCGGCUGGCUUGAGCAGCACAAUUGUUUGGAAAAUACCUACCGGCCAGAUCCUGUUGCAAACUCCGAACCCAAACGGCAGCAGAGUAUUGUCCAUCGCAUUUUCUGAUCGUGACCGGAGAAUUCUGACCGCGUCUGACGACCGAGUGGUCCGCCUUCUUCGAAUCGAUGAAUCUAUGCCAACUUGGAAGGUGGUGAACACCAAUCUGCUGAGGGAGAAAAACGAGACCACUUCCGCCUUCAUCAACACUCCUAAAUGCCUGAAAAUCAACCCUGGCGGGACACAGGUUGCCGUAUCUUAUCGGUCAUUUCCUCUUUCGGCCUGGGAUCUGGACAGUGGGCAACUCAUCGCACGUUGUGUACGACCGCAUACAUUCCCGGAUCUGGACUCUGACCCGUCGAGUACAUGGUCUCCUGUGGACUCGUUCACCUGGAAUCCCGUCACCGGCCAUAUUAUUGGUAUCUACAAGGACAAGACACUCUUCAAAUGGCAUCCUGUUUCAAGUGCAUACUAUGAGGUGGGAGCUUCCGCCGACGAAGUUGCAGCGAGCCCAGAUGGGACGCUCUUCGUGACGAGCGACACCAACGGCAUGGUGAAGGUCUGGAACUUUGCCUACUUCAGCCCUAUAUAUCAGCUCACCUCGGGGGAUCUCGUGAGCGGGUUGUCUUUCAGUCCAGACAGCACCCGGUUCUAUGACAUACGAGGACCGACCAUCACUGCUUGGGAACCGAACGGCAUGCUCCGUCUGGCGGAAUCGGGAGAGACCUUCAGCGACACUGCUAGUGACAACCAAUCCGGCACGCUUAAUUCCCAUCUUUCCCAGGCCGUCGCCCCCGAGUUUUCAAGCUUGACCGCUCUCGCCGCUGCGCCGACCGGGCCCAGAUACGUGAUGGGCAACGAAGACGGCGAAGUUUAUCUUUCAGAUGGAAGAAGCAGUUCGGUCUGUGAGUUGACCAAGUUCCACAACUUCUUUGGCAUCAGCCACCUGGCCUGGGCCCCAAGCAGAGAUCUGGUCGCUGCAGCGGACCUGGGCGGGGACAUACGGAUAUUGCAACUUCAGGUGAACACGGCGGACAUGGACAUUGCUGGUCGGGAUGGGAUCCGGCUUCUACCAAAUCCGGAGACCAAACUGGGGGAUCGCACGGUUCAUCAAUUACUGAUCGAUGCGUCAUCACGAAAGCUUCUGGUGAUUAGCGAUGACUUUGCACAGGUAUGGCAUGUUGCAGAAACUGAAAGCGCAGUAACAGCCACGGCCAAGAUGGACCAUGCGACCGAACGAGGAUGGCUGAAUCAUCCCAGUCAGCAGGAAGCCAUCAUCGCGAUCGGACCGGAGAAUAUUCAAGUGUUCCACUGGGACGACCUACGACUGCUGUGUCAAUACCGGGUCGGCAGCGAGGCUUUCUCGUUUGCCAGGCAACCCACCCUGAAUCUGGAAGGGGGCGGCAGCACAGUCAUAGACACAAUCCCGCGGGAUACACGGCGUCCCACCUGGCAUCCCGAUUCAGAAUCGACGGUCUACAGGAGCAUGCUCACCCAGGAUCGCCAGCAUAUGAUGGCGCACGUCAAGGAGCAGCUGGCGCAAGGCAAAGUGCAGAAACGACUCUUGAUUGUGGCCACGUCGGCCAUUGCCAUGGACAUCAGGCAGGCAUGCGAGCCGGGCCUCCUCCGCCCAGUUCCCUACUUGCGGAUUCCGAGCGAGGUGGCAGAGAAGAUCGAACUGCCCCUAGGCAUCUUGGCUGGCGCACUACUCGUCUUCUUUGACCGGGACCUGUGGGUGUGCUCCAUCUCUCUGAGUCCUAGACCGGAUCCGGGUUCCUUCAAGCGCCAUUACUUUGUUCCGAGAGACUGGAUGAGCCGGGAGAACUUUGAACAGUGCUGUAUGCUGGAUGACGGGACUUUACUCUGUCCGCGGGAGGGCGACGUCGUCAGGGUGAGAAGCAAUCUCCGCGAAAUUUAUCAUUAUCAGUGA